AUGGCGUACCUUGACUCGCACAGCCUUUGCGAGUAUUGCCAACGCAUCAGAAUCGAUUCGAUCAUAUCAACGGGCCCAAUAGAUCCCAGGGCGGGUCUCUCUCAAGGAGGUUUAUCUCACCAGCCAACUUUAGAUGCACUUCAGAAAUCGUCACGAUCUUGCCAGCUAUGCGCUUUUUUCAACUCGGCGCUCGAACGAAGCAAUGCCGGUGAGCCAGUCGCACACGAGUAUAGCGUGCGGCAGGGGAGUUUCAUCCGACUGAUUGCCGGCGCGACGGCGUUCUCGAACUUGUCGACGCCCAAAGGCCUGUUCCACAUGCUCAUCUGGUCCCGUUGGAGCAAUUUCGCCAAACCAGCGUACCUGAGUAUCACGACUGAACCUGAUGAUCCGUUGGCCCUUGCUGGGGACGUAGUCGGAAGACAAGUUGCUGAAAACUGCGAGCCUGUUGGAUGUGCCCACCAGAUCAUCAAAUGGCUCAGCAAUUGUGAAAACGAACACCAGAAUUGCCGGAACCCGCUCGUAAUAUCCGACAAAACACCCUCGCGAUUGCGCAAUUCGCAAGACCUUGAGAACUCCCUACAUCAGUCGCCGCUACCCCCAAGGCUCAUCGACGUUGGAGGCGCGUCUUCGGCGGUACUGCAGCUCAAGGAGACUGACGGCUUGUACGGACGAUAUUGCGCGUUGUCUUAUAGCUGGGGCCGGUCCAAGUCUUUUCGAACCCACAAGGUCACCUAUAAAGACAGAAUCUGCGGGUUUCGACCUGAGGAUCUUCCGACCACUAUCAGAGAUGCUGUCCACUUGACACAAAACUUGGGUUUCCAGUAUCUGUGGGUGGAUGCUCUGUGCAUUGUACAAGAUGAUAGGGAUGACUGGGCCAAGAACUCGGCUAUUAUGGAUGAGAUCUACGGCUUUGCGACGCUCACCAUUGCUGCUUCCAUGUGCGAAGACAAGUGGCAGCCCCUGUUCCGAAAGAGGGCUCAAGCCGAAAGCAUCCAGAUUUCGUCCCCGUGCUCCAAUGACAGCUCCAAGCGCGGAACCAUGACCUUGUCCCAGUCGGACGGCCAUUUUGAGGACGUUGUCAAGAAGUCCGUGCUCGCUCGUCGAGCGUGGACUCUGCAAGAAAGCGCGCUAUCGCUUCGGGUAGUGUAUUUCACCAGGGAACGCCUGUUCUGGGAGUGCCAGCAGUGCAUCCUAGCCGAGGACGGCUCGAUUUUUGACAAGUCCCAGAGCAGUCGAAUCUUUCUCCCACCACUGGAUCGGAAACCAACGCUGGAGCUCAAGUUGGUCCGCUGGCAGAGCAUCGUCGACGAUUAUGCCCGGCGCAAACUAUUCGCCGCGAGCGACAAGCUGCCGGCUCUGGCUGGUCUGGCGCGACAAUUCCACCGCCUUACCAGUGCAACGUACAUCGCCGGGUUGUGGCGCGAGGGCCUACCACUCGACCUGCUUUGGACAAUAAACGCCGAGUUGAUCACUGAAACGAGCCAGGGACCGAAAUCGUGGAAGGCGCCAUCCUGGUCUUGGGCCUCUGUCGAAGGCGCCGUUCAUUCUGAUGGGUAUCAAACCAUGGUGUUGACCUCGUCGGCCGGACCACCGGUGGAGCAACUGGAGAUCCUCGACAUUGACAUCUCUCCAAGAGAAGUGGCGAACCCUUUCGGUGAACUCACAAGGGCCAACCUCCACGUACGUGGGAAAACGCAGCGUCUCAGCCGCGCUCUCGAGAGGCGACGACCCCAUAGUAAAAGAGGGCGACUGACGAGAAUUUCCCAAUACUAUGCGACGGACCCUCCAGGUGGCGAAAUCACCUUCGACGACGCCGCGGAGGGAGCUGUGGUCCCAAUCAACUUCCUCUGCUUGCUUGUAGAUAGACGGAAGUCUGACUCAGGGCACUAUACGUCUGUCUUUAUCGCCAUUGAAGAGGUCGAGCAUGGUCACUUUAAAAGACUCGGCGCAGGUUACAUUGACGGAGACUCCUUCUUUGCCUCCCAGCGUUUGCAGGAGCUUACUUUGGUAUGA